GUUUCUGCAUUAGCUCACUUAGGGAAAUGGCCUUUAGCUGCAUCCAUGUUGCUGCAAAGGACAUGGUUUCAUUUUUUCAUGGCUGUAUGGUAUUCCUAUUCCAUGAUCCCUCUAUUUUUUUAUGUUCUGUUGCAGAUAAACUCUUGGAUGCAAGGCAUUCUGUUUCCAGGAUGUGGGGAAGGGAUUAGCGUGAAGUCAAAUGUCUCAUAUAUAUAUAGACGUUCAAUAAAUAACCAUAUUUUCAAACCCACAUCUUAUUUUUAUCCUCCAUUGUACCUGAUGUUUUUAAAGGUUCUGUAUAACAGAUUAUACAGAAUGUUAUCUUCCUAGAUGUAUUGAUACCAUUCAUGCAUAUUUUGGCUGCUACUUCUUUAACACUGGUUCAUUAUUGUUAUAAAAUUUGUCAGCUUGCUUACUGUCUUCUAGAAAUUUGUUGAAAACUCUCAGGUGUCCUGUACUAGAAGACUAUAUCAGGAAGUUUCUAAAGAACUAGAGGGUUAGAACUGACUCCUAAGUGGUCUGAAUGCUGAUUCAAUUCACCUUUCAUCAACCCUUAUCUCUACUGUAUUUUACUGCUCCUCUUUCUUUCUUUUUUGAGAUUUUGAGGUUUUGCUGAAGAUAUUCCUGAAGAAUCAUCCCAGGUGCCACACUAAAAAAAUGAUCCAGUUGACAGCUACCCCUGUGAGUGCACUUGUUGAUGAGCCAGUGCAUAUCCGAGCUACAGGCCUGACUCCCUUUCAGAUGGUGAGUUUUCAGGCAUCACUGGAAGAUGAAAACGGAGACAUGUUUUAUUCUCAAGCCCACUAUAGGGCCAAUGAAUUUGGUGAGGUGGACCUGAAGCAUGCUUCUUCACUUGGAGGGGAUUAUAUGGGAGUCCACCCCAUGGGUCUCUUCUGGUCUCUGAAACCUGAAAAGCUAUUAACAAGACUGGUGAAAAGAGAUGUGAAUAGGCCUUUCCAGGUCCAAGUAAAACUUUAUGACUUAGAGUUAAUAGUGAACAAUAAAGUUGCCAGUGCUCCAAAGGCCAUCCUGACUUUGGAGAGGUGGUAUGUGGCACCUGGUGUCACACGAAUUAAGGUUCGAGAAGGCCGCCUUCGAGGAGCUCUCUUUCUCCCUCCAGGAGAGGGUCUCUUCCCAGGGGUAAUUGAUUUGUUUGGUGGUUUGGGUGGGCUGCUUGAAUUUCGGGCCAGCCUCCUAGCCAGUCAUGGCUUCGCCUCCUUGGCCUUGGCUUACCAUAACUAUGAAGACCUGCCCGCCAAACCAGAAGUAACAGAUUUGGGAUAUUUUGAGGAGGCUGCCAACUUUCUCCUGAGACAUCCAAAGGUCUUUGGCUCAGGCGUUGGGGUAGUCUCUGUAUGUCAAGGAGUACAGAUUGGACUAUCUAUGGCUAUUUACCUAAAGCAAGUCACUGCCACGGUACUUAUUAAUGGGACCAACUUUCCUUUUGGCAUUCCACAGGUGUAUCGUGGUCAGAUCCAUCAGCCCCUUCCCCAUUCUGCACAAUUAAUAUCCACCAAUGCCUUGGGGUUACUAGAGCUCUAUCGCACUUUUGAGACAACUCAAGCUGGGGCCAGUCAAUAUUUGUUUCCUAUUGAGGAGGCCCAGGGGCAAUUCCUCUUCAUUGUAGGAGAAGGUGAUAAGACUAUCAACAGCAAAGCACAUGCUGAACAAGCCAUAGGACAGCUGAAGACACAUGGGAAGAACAACUGGACCUUGCUAUCUUACCCUGGGGCAGGCCACCUGAUAGAACCUCCCUAUUCUCCUCUGUGCUGUGCCUCAACGACCCACGAUUUGAGGUUACACUGGGGAGGAGAGGUGAUCCCACACGCAGCUGCACAGGAACAUUCUUGGAAGGAGAUCCAGAGAUUUCUCAGGAAGCACCUCAUUCCAGAUGUGACCAGUCAACUCUAAGAAGACUAGAUAUUCCUAGAAAAUAAAGAAGCAAAUUUCUUUACCAGGACCUUCUCUCAAUUUUCAUGGUGGAAUGUCUCCCCCAACUGCCACACACAUUUUGUAUUAAUUUUAAUGAUUAAAAAGAGCAUAGGGUAAAAACCUGAUAUUUCACUUAUACUGCAUAACAAGCUAUGCAUAACAUGGUGGAUAAAUCAUAAAACAAAUCAUUUUACUUAUUAUUUACAUGACUUUUCUUUCCAUCAGUUCUUCUAAAUAGGACUGAGGUAUAGCACACUGGCAAAAAUAAGAAAAGGCAAACAAGAAUAGCACCGAAGUAACAGAUAUCUAAAACCAAAAACUGUGUCAGAAAACACUAUAUAGUAAGAAUUUAUCAGAUUAGAGCAGCAGGAGAAAAUUAAUACUAAAUUAUAAUCAUUUUAGUGAUAUUUUUCAACUUCACCACGGUAACUUUGCAACAUCAUUUUUCAUUUGUGGGGUAGUAAAAUUCAUGUCAAAAAGGAAAGAAGGAACGGAGGAAGUCAGUUAGUUCAUUGCAAUGAAUUACCUCUUCAGUUCUUAAAAACAUGCCCAUUGGCACAUAAUUGAGACAUAAUAACUAAGACUAGAAGAGCCUUGGUUUAAGUUAUGAAGCAAAUUAAAAUGGAAAAUACAAGAAAAUAGAACCAAUUAGGUUGAAAAUGCCCCUUGCUGAAAAUCUGUAUUAAAAAUAAAAUUAAUAAAAGUAAAAAAUAAAAAUCGAAACACAACUCUACUAGUACAGGCUAGCCUGGGGAGUUUGAUAAACUGAGUGAUUGGGUCAACUGUCACUGUACUUCCACAAUGAAUUUCUUCAGUCAUGUUAGAGUAGCACAUGAAUGUGAGCUCUAUAAGGACAGGUACUGUAUUUCCGUAAGACCCAAAUAGUUACUGUACAUCCCA